GUGACCAUGCCACAACUGAAUGACUCCAAGUACAUCGCGAUGGCCAUCUACAACGUGGCUGUUCCAAGCAUAAUCGUCGCCCCUCUGGUCACCUUCAUCACCAGUGACAUGCCCGGGACCUCCUACAUCCUCACGGCGUCUUGCAUCAUCUUCGGGACAACUGUCACCAACUGCUUGAUCUUCAUUCCAAAGAUUAUUGCACUCUGGCAGGAAAGACACGGUGAGGUGCUUCAGGACCAGUGCCUCUUCACGACCAACAACCAGAUAGCCCCGCAGAGAGCAUUCACCGCGAACCGGAGCGUUAACAUCAGCUCAUUGACGGUGCUGAGGGAGAAAGACAAAGAAAUACAGAAACUCAAGAAUCAGUUGACACAGAAAGAACUUAAAGUUGAGGGAUUGUUGGAACUGAUCAGCAAGAUGAGACCGAAACCGGAGUAG